GACUGUUUUUUCACUGCAUGAUGACUGUGUGCUUACUGAGAUCAGCUCGGAGGCUGAGGGCCAUAAACCCAUUGUGUUAUCAGUUACCAACAUUAUGUAACCAGAAAUGUUGCAUGAGAAAUGUCAGUUUUUGGAAUGUUAACACUUACGCCAAGUGUUACACCACCAAGAAUGGGCCAACUUUGUGGAAAGUAACUUCAGGUCUUGAAGACAGUGAUACAACGAUUUCUUGCCCUAACAAAAGGGAAAAUACAUUGGUGGACCAAAAGAAAGUGCCAAUAAAAGAAGGGGACAAAGUGAGUGAAGUGAGAUGUAUAUCACAAGAGGAUGUGGAUACCUUUGCAAAACUGACUGGUGAUCACAAUCCAAUCCAUAAAGUCUGGGGCAGUACAUCAAAUCAUCCGGUCAUUGUCCAUGGUGCAUUACUCAAUGGACUUAUUUCAGGUGUGAUUGGUACCAAGUUGCCUGGGCCAGGUACCAUGGUUGUUUCACAGACGCUGCACUUCCCACAUCCAUGCUACACAGGUGAGACAGUGACAGUUACUGUAGAGAUUACUUCCAUAAGAAAGCUCAUUGUUUGCAGGUUUAGUUGCACUGUUAAUAGGGAGACAAGGAUAACUGUAUUGCAUGGAGAGGCAAAACUGAUUCCAGUGAAAAAUUUCUCUAAUCAGACACAGUUGUUAUCCACUAUUUGAAUAAACUUUCAGUUAGGAGGUUCUCUUAUUUUCUUUAUUUUCCUUUGUACCAACUCAGACUUUCGAUUUCACAGUUUUGCAUUUACAAUUAUACACCAUAAAAAGACUGAAACGUUACCCAGUUCAGACAUAUGAAUUUAACACAUUUAUAUAUGCACUUCAUAGAAUAAGUGAGAAUUGUUACAGUUGCCUGCCUGGGAAAGUUUAUUUUUUAACAGAUUUGAAUAUAUUGUCAUGUAUAAGGUGGUACACAUGACAAACAGAUGGGUUCUAGUUUGGAUGAUUGGGUUUAUUAAUACCUUGGUUACAGUCUCUCUUAAUCACACUUAAAUUACAGCACUAACGUUGAUUUACAGGCUUCAUAAUCCACUGUUACUCUCACUAGUCCUCUCCUGGUAAUGCAAUUAAAACACAGGAACUAGCACUUCAGAUCUCUCCAAAUAGUACACCUAAUUAAGGUCUUCAAAUCACAUUUUAAAUUCUCACAGACUGACCUCCUGUAUUCUUCUGUGCUUCUGGUUCCACUUCACUUCCUUCUCACAAUUCCACCGCUACUAUUUCUCUCUGCCAGUUCAGGAAUUAUACUCACUUAUAUAGCUGAGGGACGGACAUCAACGAACAGUAAACACAUAUCAUGUGACGCCUACCAACUGUUGCUGUAUGACAUCACUGCACAUGCAAAAGCUGAUGGACAUUCAGGAAACACAUGUCACAUGACAGCCGCCUACUGUUGAUGUGUGAUGUCACUGCUUAUGCACCAGCUGCUGGUCACAUGAAAAACACAGCUUGCUCUACUGUUGCAUGCAUGGAUCAUAGGAUGUCAAUUGAGCUGUUGCCUGGCAAUGCAUUGACAUAUCACAGUAUUUUCAGAUAUUGCUGGCCCUUUCCUUCAAAUGCUGUAUUGCAAUAAGUAUGACCUAUGUUUUAAGAAGAUUUUUGUUGAUGAACUCGUUUUAUUCCUUGGAAGAAUACUUUGAUUGUAAAUUUGACUCCAGUAAUCAACUGUGAUCUAUUAUUGUGUUGAGUAAUGUAAUGAAUCCUAUAUUGUUAUUUCUAUGUAGUGUUAUUUGUACUAUCAAUGACUAAUUCCUUAUCCUAUAUGUAGUGGAUUUAUGGAAUGUAAAUAAAUGAGAAUGAGAAUGUA